UACACUUCCGCCUGCCUGUGACGCAACUUCCGUUUCUCUUGGCAACAGAGAGACACAGAGAAAAGGCAGGAGAGUUUUCAUUUCUCAGAUCACAGACAAAAUGGCAGGAACUGAGCACGCUAACGUUGAGGAUACACUCAAAAGGAUCGAAGCCCAUAAAGGUGUGAUUGGAACAAUAGUUGUCAAUACAGAAGGUAUUCCCAUCAGAACAACAUUAGAUAACUCCACAACUGUUCAGUAUGCAGGACUUCUUCGCCACCUCGCGAUGAUGGCCAGGAGCACAGUGAGGGACAUCGACCCUCAGAAUGACCUCACCUUCCUCCGCAUCCGUUCCAAGAAACAUGAGAUCUUGGUUGCACCAGAGAACGACUUCCUGCUGAUAGUCAUCCAGAACCCAUCUGAAUAGCUUCUGGACAUUCCCAUGAUAGUCAGCCUUUGGUUUAUCACAUGAUGCCGUUUUAUCCAGGCUAAAAUAUAUUUUACCACUGUGUUAUGUUGCCCCAUGUACUGCAUGAUCGUUCCUUUUGUACUUUAAGUUGCCUUAAUGUACAGGUUGCACUGUUCGUUUACCUCAUCUAUUUCUUUAAUUUCAUUUCUGUGUUAAUAUUGAAUAAGUCUGUGAAAUAAAGCUGCUUGUGAUGUACAUAG